CCAGACACAGUAAAUAUUCAUUCUCUCUCUCUCUCUCUCUCCUCUCCUCCCUCUUACCUCUCUCUCCCUCUCCCCCUCCUCGCUCCCCCUCUCUCCCACUCCCUCCCCUUUCUUCCCCUCUCUUCCCCUCUCUCUCCCACCUCUCUUCCCCUCUCUCUCCCACCUCUCUCCCCCCUCACACUCCCUCCCUCCCUGUAGCUCACUUCCCUAUAUAUUUUUAAAAUAUCCGUGUUACACUUCUAUAUCUAACUGGAGAAAUCUUUUUGGCAAGAUGUGGAAUUCUCUAACUCCUACAUUUGGAAGGGAAGUUGGUUACAUUCCCAGCCUGUGUAAACAUCAGUGAUUAAUGCAAUGGAAAAGAGCAUUAGGGGUAAUAUCUCUCUAGGUCUUCCUGUUUGUUCCACCUCUUUCGCAGCUACAGACCCACACAUUUCCAACUACUGCUCUGAACAGCAAACAGAGUGAAUGAGUUCUAUAUGCAAUUUGACUGCUGAUAAAAUCUCAAAGAUAGUGAGAGAUUUAGGGUACUUGGAGCACUGCUGACAGCAUCUCCCAUACAGAUAUCAGACACAACUACAAAUAACACGGGGGAUUUUACUUGGAACACCAUGUUUGGACAAAGUGUCACCCUGCAGCCUGUUCCUAUUCAGAGCCUGUCAGAGCUGGAGCGAGCAAGACUUCAGGAGGUGGCUUUCUACCAUCUGCAAAGGAGAGAUCUGGGCUGUCAGAUCACCAUCCCCAAAGAUGGGCCAAAAAGGAAGAAAUCAUUUCGGCGAAAGAAAGAGCCUUUUUCUAAAGAAAGAAAAGAUAAAGAAUUGCAUCCCCUGGGAUUUGGAAUUCCUCUACCACAAGUCAUCCUCAAUGACUGUGCACGAAAGAAGAAGCACGAUGAGGUGAAGGAAGGCCGGAGGGACUGUCUAGACCUGGAGGCAUCAGUUCUGCGAUUCCGGGCUAAGAAACAACACAAACAUCUGGAUGAUAGUGAUGUAUUUUUGUUGUCUGAACCAGUAAAAGAACCCUUCUCUCCAACUUUUUUGGAUAAUCUCUCUCGAGGUCACAGACGGGGCGCUGUGUCUGUUGAUUCUAUCACCGAUCUAGACGACAAUCAGUCACGAUUGUUGGAAGCCCUACAACUUUCUCUGCCAGUGGAACUGGAAAAGAAAAAGUUAACAAAGACCAAAAAGAGACUCAGUCUGAACCCCAUCUAUCGGCAAGUUCCCAGAAUAGUGCAGCAAUGCUGCCGUCAUAUCGAAUGCUAUGGUCUUCAGACAGUUGGUAUUUUUCGAGUUGGAAGUUCCAAAAAAAGAGUUCGACAGCUGCGAGAUGAAUUUGAUCAAAGUCUGGAAGUAGUUUUGGAUGAAGAACACAGUGUCCAUGAUAUAGCAGCAUUACUCAAAGAGUUCCUGAGAGACAUGCCAGACCCACUUCUUCCCAGAGAACUCUACACUGCUUUCAUCAAAACAAUGUCAAUGAACCACAUGAAUCAGCUCUCCAUCCUCCAGCUGCUGAUCUACCUGUUGCCACCAUGUAAUUGUGACACUCUGCUCCGAUUGCUUGAGUUGCUGUCAAGGGUUGCCAGCCAUGCCCAUGACUCAGUCGAUGAAGAUGGACAUGAGGUGACUGGAAACAAAAUGACAUCCCCCAAUCUGGCCACCAUCUUUGGCCCAAACCUUCUGCACAGAGAGAAUGUUUCUGAAAAAGACUAUAGCAUGCAGGCAGUUGAAGUUGAGGAAAGUUCAGCCGUCAUCGGGGUGGUCCAAGUAAUGAUUGAUAAUUACAGAAGUCUGUUCCUAGUUUCUCCUGAGCUUCAGAAUGAAGUGCUAAUGAGUUUAAUGCAGACGGAUAAGGAUGUUGUUCAUUAUCUUCUACGCAGGAAGCUGAAGUGCCAAUCGGAUUUAGAUCAAGGAAAUGAAGCAUUUGUGAUGGCAGAGCAUCCCUGUGCAAAAUCUGCAUGUGGCCUCUGCUCCCAGAGCAGCGAUACCACACCAAUGAAUAUCUUACCCAGCUUCUGUGAAAGUCUCUCCCUGCAGGAUCAGAGGAAGAAGUGUUCGGAUUCUGAGUUGUAUAAAGUACCAGGAGCACUGGCAUUCAUUAAACAUGCACAUCCCGUUGAUGGAAAGGUCUUUUCUCCCCGAUUGCUAAAAAAUCCCUGUGAAGAGUCCAGUGAGAGAAGACCCUUCAGUCAGCGAAGAGCAUCCCAUUCAUAUGAAAACCUGACAUCAGUUCAUUCACAACCAAUGGCAGCAUCUGUGAAGAAAGCAGAGAGCACAGCAUUAAUAUCGACAAGCAAACCUCCACACAUAUCAUCGGUUCCCGACUGCCAACUCGAGCACCACAACAAUCAUAAGCUUUCAAGUCUGAACUGCAUGCGAUUAUUUGCGAGCAGCACUGAGGAGCUGAUGAGCUCAAAAGGUGCAGCUAAACUAAGAAGAGUACGUUCAGAUCUUUCUACAAAAUAUAAAAGUCACAUGAUACAACCAUAUGCUGCUAGGAUGGACAGAGACUCCAAGAACUUCAGUAAAGCAGCCAGUUCAGCUGACAUUGAACGUUUGAGGAGCAAGCAAAUGAUUGAAUCUAGCUUCAUUCCUCAGGUGUCUGAAGGGUGUGCAGUACUGCCAAAUGAAGCAUGCCGAGGGGGAACGGAAGCUAAAGUGUGGGUGAAGAGGGACACCGGGGAUGAGUCGCCAAGCAAAGGUCUGAGAAACCAACAGCUGCAACACCUUAACUUCAGAAGUGAUCAGAAAAAAGAUUCCCUUCGUGAAACUGCUGUAUAGUUUUGGAAAAGACUAUUUCCUGGAUCAUUUGAAAAGGAGCAACUAUGGAGAAUGCUGGAAAUAUUCAGCAUGACAGGCAGCAAAUGUGGGGAGAAUGACUAAAAUUGCAGGCCCAUGACACUUCCUUACAAUAGGAUGUUACUUCAAUAUAUGUAGGAGCAAUUUUAAAUUUGUUAUGUCUUGUUAAUUGUUAAUAUACAUUAUGCAUUCCAUAAACUGCAAUACUGUGUUAACUGAUCUCCAUUUGACCUAUUACAUGACUUCUAAUGAAUUAAUUCAUCACAAACUCUCCUGAUGGAUAUUUAAAUAAUAUUUGCUAUUCCACUGGCAGUUGCCUCUCUGUGCAGAAGCCUAACUUCAGCAGAACGUUAAUGUUAUAUCUCAUGUGCAUUAACACUUUAUUUAAAGGAAGUGCAUAUCAUUUUCAGUGCAUCAUGUGUCACAGCUUUGAAUUGCAGACAUUUAAAGUAAUGCCCAGGAUGUUUGGGAUUGGAGGAAAGUGAACAUCUAAAUUAAUGAAAGGUAGCCCAGCUGUUUCCACUGCUGUAACAAUCUGUUUCAUUGUGGCCUCCAAUUCAUUUACUUAUUUCAGUCUCACAAGGAAAAUUUUCCAAGAACUUUUCAACUCAUUGAGGUAAGCAAGGAAAAAUGAAAUAUUUGCUUGCCUUUGAACUAUUAUAUCAAAUUUAAAAACUUCUUUAGUGUUUGUAAAUAACAUAGUGCUUUGUGUGCACUGACUAGUUCAGUGGUGUGGACUGGGAACAUUCUGUUACUGAAGGCCUGGGACUUGAGAACAAGAGAUUAGAAGUAGAAGUGGAAGACUUAGGUUUGAAAGUGCUCGAGAUUUGAAAAUGAGUGGAGGCCCAAGACAGGGAGCAAAAUCUAGUUGGAAAGGAACAAGUAUUCAUAGACCAGUUUGUUGGAUGUAACAUUGUAGGAAAGUAAGCAUUUGAUUGGCAGAUCUAUCUUCCCAGUCUCUUCUAUAUGGCCAAGAGAUUUAAAUUAGUGAACAUUAGUACAACUAGGGAAUACGUGUUUAGUUAGUUUGAAUUAAAUUUAUUUACAUGUACCAAAUUAGUUAAAUAGAACAGAUGGAUGAUAGGCAAUAUAUUGAAGGUGUGACAUGUGAGAAUUAGUGGACUCCAGCGCUUCACAGUAGCCAUAUCUGUAGCAUAUGGUGGCUGCUCGAGGAACUUUGGAUCAAAAUUGGAGUCCAAGCUUCAGACACUGAUGCAUCCAGAAUGAGGAUAGUUACCUGGACAUGGUGUUUUGCAAGGCAGCAUACCCCUUCGAUUCAUACUCUCAUAUUUAAUCAGAGGUCAGGGUCAGGAUGAUAUGACUACAAGAGAGGAAUGUGGAAGAAUCUCAGUGGACGUUCAUCCCUUAUCCUUGUCUGACAGGUACAAGGUUUUUGUUCUCUGGUUGGUAGAAUAUGGAGACUGCAAGGAAGAUCUGCAAACUGUCCAAAGCAGUAUGACACAAGGGUCAUUAAAGUUACAGGAUGAAAGAGAAAUGUACCGGUAACAGAGGAUAGCACAGUUAGAGGAACAAACUCUGUAGUAGGGCUAGAGCAUCCCAAGUCUGUGUUGCCUGCAUAUUGCCAGGGUUAAGAGUCUCUCUUCUGGGCUAUAAAGGCAUUGACGGAGUUUUGAAGUAAAGGCGGUGCAGGAAUGGUUCAAGUGACAGUGAAUUUAAUAAGCCAAACGAUAUGAGAGAAAAGUGAUAGGGUAGUAAAGAUGAAAACCAAAUAUAGGAAAGGGUAGGAAAUAUAAGAACAUGUGUAUGACAUUUAUCCAAAGUAAGUGUAAUAACUCAGAGCUUGUGGAUUUUUAUAUGAAUGGAUAUACAAUUUAUGGAUGGGACAUAUGUAACAAAUGAGUUGGAUCUUGUACGGAGACGUGGUUUGCACCAUAACUAGAAAAAGCAACUCAAUGUUACAAAACAAAAUGGGUACAAAGGGAAAGGAGAAGGGGUGGAGUGGUUAAUAAAGGAAAAUAUCAGUGCUGCGGAGAGCAGUCAUAUCGAUGCAGUGGUUGAUGAUGUGGAGUCAGCCUGAGUGAGAAAGGAGCAGCAGAAGGAAAAAAGACACUUACAGACAAUAGGCCUCCAAAUUGUGGCAUCCUGAUAAGACAAAGCUACACUAGGGAUUUAGGCAGAUGGAUACUUGAAAAGUAAGGGUAUCAAAUGUGAAUGGGCUUAAGAGAGAAAAUGUAUUAUUGUAGUGGACCAAAAUGCCUAAUUCUGAGUGCAUGUCUUAUGGUUGCAAUAUCCUCAGCUUAAGUAGGGUUAAUUGUAAAAGUAUAAAGGUAGACCUGCCUAGAAUGGAGUGGGAAAAUAGACUACAGGAAAGGUUUUUAGAUCAGCAGUUUUUAUAUAACCAAACACCUACUUCAUAAUGCUCAUAAGAAAUUUCUGCCAAUCAGAAAGAGGGACUCAAUAAAGCGAAGCAAAUCUUGAAGCAAAGGUGGUUAUGGAAAUGCUGAAUCAUUUCUAAGAGCAUGUAAAGUAGGAAAAGCAAGUGAUAGACAGGAACACUGGUAAUUUCUACGGAACUAGCAGGGAGAUACCAGAAAACCAGGAACUUAGAGAAAAUCGGUCAGAAGAAAAAGAAGGGCACCAGAGUAGCGUAGCAUUUAGCGUGACACUGUUACAGCCGGAGUUCAAUUCUGGCGCUAACCUGAAAGGAGUCUGCACAUCCUCCCCAUGGAAUACGUGAGUUUUCUCCGGAUGCUCCAGUUUCCUCCCACAAUCCAAAGAUAUGUUGGGUAGGUUAAUUGGUCAAUGUAAAUUGCCCCAUGAUCAGAUGAGGGUUAAUCGGGUUUGUCAGGGGUUGCUGGGGCACAUUGGAUUGAAGAGCCAGAAGGGCCAACACCAUGUUGUAUCACUAAAGAAAUAAAGAACUAUUAAAUGGCAGAGCAGGAUUGCUAGGCCAGUUGGAGAUGAAAAAAUCUACAGAUGGUAGAAUCUAAAGCAACACACAAAGUGCUGGAGGAACUCAGCUGGUCAGAAAGCAUUUAUGGAGGGAAAAGGACAGUGAUAUUUUGGGUCCAGAUCCUUCAUCUCAAUAUUGAUCUUAUAGUUCCAAGAUGCUAAAAGUGUCACCAUUCAAAGUAUCGAUGGAUCGGUGAUUCAUUUCCCUGACUCAAUGAAUUCUUCCAGCUGUCCAUGCAUGGAUGAGCCAGAUGGACUUCUCCUGCUCUUAUUUACACAAGAGGUACUGCAGAUGCUGGAAAUCUAGAGCAAUGUAAACAAUGUGCUGGAGGACCUCAGUAGGUCAGACAGCAUCUGUGGAUGGGAAAAAACAGUUGACAUUUCAGGCCGAGACCUUCUUUAGCAAGGGGGAAGAUGCCAGAAUGAAAAAGGUGGGUGGAGGGGAAGUAGGCUAGCUGGAAGAUGAUAGGUAAAGCCAGGUGGGUGGAAAAGGUCAGGGGCUGGAGAAGAAGGAAUGUGAUAGGAGAAGAUAUUGGACCACAGGAGAAAGGGGAGGAGGAGGAGACCCAGGGGGAGAAGUAAUAGGCGGGUGAGAAGAGGUAAAAGUCAGAGUGAGGAAUAGAGGAAGGAGGGGGUAAUUAGUUUACUGGAAGAAGAAAUCAAUAUUCAUACCAUCAGCUUGGAGGCUACCGAGAUGGAAUAUAUGGUGUUGCUCCUCCACCCUGAGGGUGGUCUCAUCUUGGCAUGAGUGGAGGCCAUGGACCGACUGUCUAAAUGUGAAUCAGAAUCCUGCUCUUUUUUUUUUUGAAUGACUUUUGAAAUGAGGGUCUUUUUUUGUUAUUCCUGGUAUUGACACUAUCUAUGAAAUUGUGAACUACAACCCUGACUUUUCAGUUCUAUCCUGCUGAUUUAAAUUCAAAACACAAUAAUCAGAUGGGAACCUUCCAAUUUGCUUGAUUGUAAUGGGAUCACAGAACAUUUGAUAACUGCAAGUCUUCUUCAUAAUUGAAUCUAAAGCCAGCUCAGAUCACCUAGACAUUCCUCUAAUGUGCUCUAUCUCCAGUUACGCUGCAUGGAGAUUAAUAAUUCCUUUUCAAACAAAUAUGAUUUUACUACAUGUAAUGUGCUUCAAAGUCAUGUUUAUCUGCCUCUUGUUAUUGCAACUUCACUUGUAUUUUAAACAUAAGGAACAUAGUAACUCGAUUGUUGUAGAAGGUAGACUGUGAUUUUCAAAUUAUCCAUUUGCUUCACUCUGCCAUAAUAUCAAUGGCAGGGCCCCAUGAUCCAAUGUCUUGUGCAUGACAGGCCAGUACCUGUGCUUAAAGUGAAGCGUUGAUGAUGCCAUCUAAGUCAAUGAAUGUGGCCCUGACUACAUCAGCUUCAUAGCUUUAUUAAGGAGCUGGAGAGGCAGUAAGAAUGCACACAGUUCUUUAAAAAGGUAGACAAAUGCAUGAGGAGGGCAAGUAUGUGCAGGACUGCAGAGAAAAGGCAGUGGAAUGGGAGCAGUGCAAUUGGCCAAGGAGCCAGUUCAACCAAAAUAGGCUGAAAGGUACCCAUCUAUGUUGGGAAAUUUUAUGAUUUAAUGCAUGAAAAAUCAAAAGUCCGAGUCCCAGGAAGGUAGCCCAAUUAAACUUUAGAGCAUCUCAGUUUAAAGCCUUUUAUUCCAAGCAGCUGCAAUCAGAUAGGGCUUUCAGGCAGCUUAAGGUAUAUACCUCUUUUAAGAAAUUGUUUAGGAAGGUUAGGUGUGUUUGCUUCAGAUUUCAUCACAUACCAGCCCAAUCUCCAGCCUCUCCCAACACUUCCCAUCUUAGGCUUCUUUUGUGAGUAAAUACAAUGACUUUAUUGCCUGCUGAUGUUGAGACACAAGGAGUAAGUUAUUCCUUGUAUGCUGACUGGCAAAACAGACCUGUGAUCGUUGUCUCCUACUGCUGUGUUGCAUCUGAAAGAGCUAUUUAAAACCAAUAAACUACUUCA